AUGUCGAUACGGAUGGCCGGCGCUCUCGGUCUCGCAGCAGAUCUGCAGCAUCAGACUCUAAAAUGUCCCAUGAUGGGUCAGUACGAUCAAAAUCCGGCUCACGAUCACGGAGCCCGUCACGUUCGCGUUCCCGGUCCAAAUCCUCGUCACGGUCUAGAAGUGGCUCGCGGGCGUCGUCACGGUCGCGCUCAGGCUCUCCUAAGUCUGCUCGGUCGCGAAGCGGGUCGAGGUCUAGAAGUGGAUCCCCAAAGUCCCCACGCUCGAGAAGUGGAUCUGCCAAGUCUGCACGAUCCCGCAGUGGAUCUGCCAAGUCUGCACGAUCGCGCAGUGGAUCUGCCAAGUCUGCACGAUCGCGCAGUGGAUCUGCCAAGUCUGCACGAUCACGCAGUGGAUCUGCCAAGUCUGCACGAUCGCGCAGUGGAUCUGCCAAGUCUGCACGAUCGCGCAGUGGAUCUCGCAAGUCUAGAUCUAGAUCAAGGUCUAGAAGCGGAUCUGCUGCAUCCAGAGAUAGGUCUAGAUCAAGAAGUGCCGCUAAAUCGCGCUCUCGCAGUGGUUCUCCAGCAAAGUCACGUUCUCGUAGCGGUUCACGGAAUAAAUCUAGAUCAAGAUCCCGAUCUAGAUCAGGAUCCAGAAAAUCACGAUCUCAAAGUGGAUCUGUUAGAAAUUCCCGGUCUCGUUCUAGAAGUGGGUCUCCAAGAAAAUCAAAAUCUAAAAGUAGAUCUCCCAGAAAAUCAAGGUCUAGAAGUGGCUCCGCCAGAUCCAGGUCUGGCAGCGGCUCACCAAGAAAAUCCCGCUCGAGGAGUGGAUAAAACAUCACCAGCUAAAUCGAGGUCUACAAGCAAAUCGCCAAAAAGGUCUAAAAGUAAAUCUCCCGUAAAUAGAGAUAGAAGCAAAUCCCCUGAAAAAAUGGAUGUUGAUGAAGAUGGCGAUAGACCACACUCAGCGGCAGGAUCACGUGCUAGUCGUUCGCGGUCGCGUUCCGGCUCAAGGGCGAAGUCUGCGGGAAGAGCAAGUCGCUCGCGUUCGCGGUCCGGCUCGCGCUCGCGGUCCAAGUCCCGGUCACGCUCCAGGUCGAAGUCGCGCUCCCGCUCAGGAUCCCGCUCUAGAUCUCGAUCUGGUUCUGCUAAAUCUAAAUCAAGGUCCCGCUCGCGUUCGCGUUCGCGCUCGGGCUCCGGCUCGCCGUCGCGCAGAGACGCCAAGAGGCGGCGCGUGGUGCGCUUGCAGUCGGACGACGAGGGCGAGGCGGGCGAGGGCGGCGCGGAGGUGGGGGCGGGGGAGGAGAGCGGCGCGGGGGUGGCGGUGGAGGGCGGAGCGGAUGCGGACGCGGACGCCGGCGGCGCGGAGUCGUCGGACGAGGGGCCGGAGCGCGGGGAGGGGGCGGAGGGUGGCAUGGGCGGGCUGUCGGACUUCGAGGCGAUGCUGGCGCGCAAGCGCGAGGAGCGGCGCGGGCGGCGGCGGCGGCGCGACAUCGACAUCAUCAACGAUAAUGACGACCUGAUCGCGGCGCUGCUGCAGCAGAUGCGCGCGGCCGCCGACGCCGACCGCGAACUCAACCGGCGAAAUCAGCCCGCCGUGCGCAAGGUGUCGCUGCUGAAGCGCGCUAUGUCGCAGCUCAUCAAGCGCGACCUGCAGCUGGCCUUCCUCGAGCACAACGUGCUCAACGUGCUGUGCGACUGGCUGGCGCCGAUGCCCAACCGCGCGCUGCCGUGCCUACUCAUCCGCGAGAGCGUGCUCAAGCUUCUGCAGGACUUCCCCGCCAUCGACAAGUCGCUGCUCAAGCAGUCCGGCAUCGGCAAGGCCGUCAUGUACCUCUACAAGCACCCCAAGGAGACCAAGGCCAACAAGGAGCGCGCCGGCCGGCUCAUCUCCGAGUGGGCGCGCCCUAUAUUCAACCUCUCUACCGAUUUUAAAGCGAUGACGCGCGAGGAGCGGCAGGCGCGCGACGAGGCGAUGGCGGGCGGGCGGCGGCGCGAGGGCGGCGUGGCGGGGGCGGGCGGCGCGGCGGGAGCGGGCGGCGUGGGCGGCGCGCCCGAGCGCACGCUGCGACCGGGCGAGCCGGGCUGGGUGGCGCGCGCGCGCGUGCCGGCGCCCAGCAGCAAAGACUACGUCGUGCGCCCCAAGUCCACCUGCGAGGUCGACAUGUCGCGCAUGAGCAAAAAGAAGAUGACGCGGUACGAGAAGCAGAUGAAGAAGUUCCUGGACCAGAAGCGCAUGAAGGGCGGCACGCGGCGCGCCGUCGAGAUCUCGAUCGAGGGCCGCAAGAUGGCGCUG